GACAUAUUAUUCAAACGGAUGUCUACUUGGAUUCACUCAUAUAGACGUGCUUGCAUACCUCUUUGCUUUUAUCUUAGCAUGUUACAUUUCUCAUCAAUAUGAAUAAAGAUAUGUGUGUGUACGCAUGCACAAAUAAUAAUUAACAAAUAGGAAAGAUACAAAAGCAUACUUACUGUUUAGUUGUAAUAUUUCUAUUAUCAAUAAGACAUACUUUUGAAGUUAAAUACUUUUCAGUCAAUUGACAUGAGUUAUACUCUACUAACGAUUAUAUAUUAUUAUUAUAAAGGAAAAUUUUCUGAUUUUGAUUAUCACAAUUUGCACAAAUCUAGCUAAGCAUAUAAACUUUGAAGAGAGAAAAAAAAAGAAAAGAAUUCAUAUGUCGAUUACGUCAACAUCUAUGCAUGAAAAUAAAAAAAAAUGAGAUUGUUUUACUUUAUUAAAAAGGAUAUAGAGCUUAAAUUGACAGCUCGUGAACAAUCACAAUAAGGAAAGAGAAACGUGUUAGAAUGUAAAUAAAUAGUAGCAUAGCAUAGGACUAAUACCGAACAGUAUUUUUCAAUGGUCCAAGUCUUUACCAAUCAGAAAAGCUAUGAUUUUGAUUGGUUAAAACUAAUCAUGAAAAUAAACAGUUUGGUUUUGUCUGUAUAUUUGGAUUACUUUCUUCUUUUUUUUUGUUAGGAUGUCGAAUUUACCGACAACUUUUCUAACGCAUUCUCAAAGAGUUUGUCGUUUAUAUAAACAAUUAUUUGCACUUGCUCGUCGUGAAGAAUGGCCAAAUAGAUUGACUUACCGUCAACGUAUGGUCGAAUAUCGAGCUCGACUUGAUGCUAAUAAAAAUGUUCAAGAUUUAAUGAAAGCAAAACGAUUAUUAAUUGCUGGAGAAGAAGAAUUGAAAAAAGCCAUGUAUUGGCAUACAGAAAAUUUCAAUUUUCCUGAAUCUCCUAAUGGUAUUGCUGAUAGUCGAUUUCCAACACCAGAUGAUGCUGCACUUGAUGCAUGGCAUCCAAUGGAAAAAGCUCAAUAUCCAACAUAUUUUGCAACGCGUGAAAAACGAAAGAAAGCUUAUAUGGAAUGGUAUCUUAAACGAUAUGGAAUACCUGAUCCUCCUAUGAUGUGA